AUGUCCCCAAGGAUUAAACAAUUCGAAGAUAGUUUAGAAAUAAUAAAAAAACGGUUUGGAAAAUUACAACAAGAUUUAGUUUUAAAAGAAGAUUAUAUCAAAUAUCUUGAAAAAGAGAUAUUAAUUCGUAAUGAGAAACUAGAUCCAUUGCGGUUAUUGGAAAAAUUUCAAGAUGAUAUUGAUAUACUUGACAAAAAAAUAAAAAUCCUAAUAUCAUAUAAAAAUGAUAAUAAAAUUAUAGAUAUGGCAUAA